AUGCCUCUCUGGCAAAUUUACCACCCACCGGGCACACUUGAGGAUGGGGCUUCCAAAAAGGCCUUUGCAGAAGACAUUACCGAAAUGUACACCGACCUUGGCCUGCCCGCCUUCUAUGUAGUGGUGAAUUUCUUCGAAAUGGAUACCAAAAACACUUAUAUUGGCGGCGUUUCCAAGACUGCCAAGGACAAGCCUUUCAUUCGCAUAGUCAUCACCCAUAUUGCUAUUCACAUCCCUGAUGCCGAUGCAGUGUACCUUCGAACGACCUCUCGUCUGGACAAAAUUGUGAAACCUCAUUUGUUGGACAAAGGAUACGAUUUCGAAUACCACGUGGAUGAGACGGAACGACGACUUUGGAAGAUCAAUAGCCUGAUUCCGCCUCAAUACAAGAGUCCGGAGGAACAGGUUUGGGUGAAGGAAAACCGCCCAAGUCCGUACGAGGGCGCGUAUCCUCCCACUUCAGCCAACUAA